CGGUCACUCUACGAUUGUUCGAGAACGCACAUUGGCGAAAUAUAAAAAGAUUAUUAAUAAAAUCGUGGAAAUAGAAGCAAUCAACUGAGAAUCGACGUUUAUAACUUCAGAAGUGGGAUAACAACCGUCUUACACAAGCGCCUACACGUGUAUUUUGUGCUAUCCGAGAAAGAUACAACGUUUUUUUCUCAUAAUUGAAUUGGGAGCACCACGCCAACUGGAAAUGGAUAAGUCAAAGAUUGUGGAAUGGCUAAAGGCCAACGAAAUCGAGUUCCCAACAAGCGCAACACUCAGACAACUGCGUAAGCUUGCUUCAAAUGCCGGUUGCCAAGAUGUUCAUGAGGUUCCUGAAACCAUAUCGGAGGAAGAAGACACCAAAAUGGAACUCAUGAGCCAGGGGACCGCGAGCGAACAUAUCGAGCACACAUUGGAAGAAGAAGAAGAAGCCCUUGACGCCGCAAUAAGAGUAGCUGAGAAGAAGAAAAUACUCGCCAGAUUGAUGCAAAAUGACAAUAAGGUGACUGAUGACGUCCAAAUUGUAAAGCAGCUCAUGGUUCCGUUCUCUGCUACUGAAAACGAAGAAGCACUUCAGUGGAUCUUGGAUUUUGAAAGAGCUUGCAGAAGUGUAAAUGAUGACGCAACUUUUCAAUUACGUUGUGUUCGUAUGCUGAUGAAACCAGGGACAGAUGCCGACUUGUUUCUGCGUGUCGACCGAUCGAAUACGUAUGGCGAUUUUAAGGAAAACUUUGUGAAAACAUUUGGCCGCGGCAAUUCAACAGCCGAUGUAGUAUUGUUGUUGAAGGAAACCAUUUUUAACCCUGACAAGAACACCGUCAUAGGUUACAUUCUCAAAAUGGAGGAAAUUGCGCUGCGUGCUAAUAUUGAUGAAAAACUAACCAUACAAUUCAUCAUCGAUGGUUUUCGCAAUCGUUCAGCCAAUAUCGCACUGUUGUACUCGGCAACCACAAUCGAACAACUAAAGGAAAUGUCACAAAAAUAUGCGUUUCUACGAAAAAAUUCCCAAAAUGUGUCCUAUCGCACAGGAGGCACUAUCGCUAGAGGGAGCCGAAACCUGAUACGCUGCUUUAAUUGUUCGGCACAUGGACACUACGCUUCGUCUUGUACUGCGCCGAAGCGCGAGAAAGGAUCCUGUUUCCGCUGUGGAUCCCUUCAGCAUAUGUUAAAGGACUGCCAACAGAAGCCAGCAACUACUCCGAGAGUCGUGGGAGCGACCAACAAUCAGAGCGGACGAGAUGAGCAGCAGAACGAGAUGUUUAUACCUAUUUUCAAUCAGCGCCAUUAAUUUAAUCCAGCGCAUAGCUAUACCCUACAAAAAGUUUAAUGACGUGUUGACCCCAACAGAAUAUUGUGGUGUAAAUGGAGCUCAAAUAGAAACAUUUGGAAAAAUUUUUGUUAAACUUUAUUUUCAAAACAUUGAAGAAGAAAUUGAUUUAUUUGUUGUACCCGACAAUUAUGUCGCAACUAAUGUACUCUUAGGUCGUAAGUUUUUGGAAAAAUUUGGAAUAAAGUUGAUUUUUAAGGAUGAAAUUA